CCUCCACCACCCACCCCCACCACCAUCAACGCUUCCUCCUCCUCUUCCUCCUCACCGUCACCACCACCACGUCCAACCUUAACCGACCCUUUCUUCUUGGUGGAAACCAUCUGCAUUUGUUGGUUCUCCUUAGAACUUCUCAUCCGCCUUUUAGCCAGCCCAAGCAAACCAGCUUUCUUCAAGAACACCAUGAACCUCAUCGAUUUGGUGGCCAUCAUCCCUUACUUCAUCGCUUUAGGAACCGAAUUAGCACGUCAACGCGGCGUCGCUCAACCCGCCAUGUCCUUGGCCAUCCUUCGUGUCAUCCGUUUAGUCCGGGUCUUUCGUGUCUUCAAAUUAUCUCGUCAUUCCACCGGGUUACAGAUCUUGGGUCAAACUCUUCGUGCCAGUAUGAGGGAGUUGGGGUUACUCAUCUUCUUCCUCCUCAUCGGCGUCGUCCUUUUCUCCAGCGCUGUUUAUUUCGCCGAAGCUGAAGAUCUUACCACAUCUUUUACUUCAAUCCCACAAGCUUUUUGGUGGGCUGUGGUCACCAUGACCACGGUUGGUUAUGGUGACAUGGCUCCUGUCACUGUUGGUGGUAAGUUGGUGGGGUCACUUUGUGCUUUGGCUGGUGUCCUCACCAUCUCCCUCCCCGUCCCCGUCAUCGUCUCCAACUUCAGUUACUUUUAUCGGCGGGAAUUGAGAG